AUGAUAAAAAGUAAAUUAUCCUCAAUUCUCUAUAAGGGACAAGAAAUACCGACAACUGGCGAUCCGUCCAGUACUUCUUCAGUAGGCUCACUCAGCAACAUUUCUCAAACAGAAGAAAAAGAAACGGCGUCCUAUGAUGUAGAAUCUUUAACUUCUAAGGAGCAAAAUUUAUUCCACUGGGUGGCCAAGAUGAAAGCUGAAGUCAAAGGGGUCGAACCAAUCACAGAUGAAGAGAAAACAGACACCAACAUUUUUAGUGCAGCUAACACAUGGUUUUCGUCAAAUCUGGUUCUUUCAGCGUUUGCUGUUGGUGCAUUAGGACCCUGUGUCUAUGGUUUGAAUUUUGGUGCUUCUUGUUUGACUAUCCUUUUUUUCAAUAUACUGGGUGUCAUUCCAGUGGCCUUUUUUUCGAUGUUCGGUGCUAGAACUGGCUUAAGACAAAUGAUUUUAACCCGUUAUCUGACAGGUAACUAUACUGCCAGAUUUUUUUCUUUAAUCAACAUUAUUUCCUGUGUAGGUUGGUGUGUUUUAAAUACCAUAUGUUCUGCCGAAUUGCUUAACAUGGUCAAUAGAAAUGGACAUAACUGUCCACUAUGGGCAGGCUGUCUGAUUAUCGCUGCAGGUACAGUUCUUAUUUCCUUCUUUGGGUAUAAUGUGAUCCACCAGUAUGAAAAAUGGUCAUGGAUACCUAAUCUUGCCAUCUUUUUUGUUUUGAUUGCCAGGUUGAAAAUAUCCGGGAAAUGGAGUAACGGUGAGUGGCCUCAUGGUCCAACCACAGCUGGGCAUGUCCUAUCGUUUGGUUGUGCAGCAUUUGGUUAUGCAGGUGCCUGGACCACGUAUGCGGCAGACUAUACUGUCUAUUUGCCACGUAGUACCAGCAAAGCCAAAAUAUUUUUCAAUGUGUUUAUAAGUUUAACUACUGCUCUAUGUUUCUCGAUGUUCUUAGGCGCUGCAUGUGGGAUGGGUGCCGUUGCUGACCCUGAAUGGAUGAAACUGUAUCACGAAAAUGCUAUAGGGGGACUGGUUUAUGCAGUUUUAGUGCCCAAGUCUUUGCAUGGGUUUGGACAAUUUUGUUGUGUUGUAUUUGCCAUGUCUACAGUAGCAAAUAACUUACCAAGUAUGUACACGAUUGCAUUGUCCGCUCAAGCAUUAUGGGGACCCCUUGAGAGGUUUCCCAGAGCCAUCUGGUCUAUUGCUGGUAACUUAGCGUUACUGGGAUUAGGUAUUCCAGCAUGCUAUUUCUUUGAUACUUUUUUGGAAAACUUCAUGGACACAAUUUCCUAUUAUUGUGCAAUUUAUAUUACUUUGAUUUUCAGUGAGCAUUGUAUACACAGGCGUGGUAAUUAUGAUAGUUACGUUGCUGAAGAUUGGAAUAAUGCUUCAAAACUACCUCUUGGGAUAGCAAGUGCACUUGCAUUAUUUAUCAGUGCAUUUGGUGUUGCAUUAGGUAUGUGCCAGACAUAUUGGAUUGGAGAAAUCGGUAUAUUGAUUGGGAAAGACGGUGGUGAUGUAGGUCUGGAAAUGGGUGCCUCUUGGGCCUUUAUUGUCUAUAAUUUAGUUAGGCCACUUGAAAAGAAAUAUAUUGGUCGUUAG